AUGGUUCGGGAGCGCGCAGCGGAGCAAGCACCUUCGAGCGGCCAGCAAGGAGGAAGUGGUGUAGGAGGAGCUGUGCACGAAGCUCCAACUGCCGUGGGCAUUGGCGGAGGAGCUGUUGCACUGAACGUUGACGUGGGAUUGAUCGGGACGAGCUACGGUCAAUUCAAGUUUGGAGUUGAACACAUCUCCGUGACGCCGCUGCUGGAGGGAAGGCACGACCUUACCGCCGCUCUCACUCGCUCACUCACGCGCUCUCUCACGCGCUCUCUCAUGCGCUCUCUCACGCGCGCUCUCACGCGCUCCCUCACGUGCACUCUCACGUGCACACUCACGCACACUCACGUGCACUCUCACGUCCUCUCUCCUGCACUCUCUAACGCACUCUCGGACACGCUCUCUCACGCUCUCUCAAGUGCUCUCUCAAGCGCACUCUCACGCGCUCCCUCACGCGCACUCUCUCGCGCAUUCUCUCUAUCACGCACUCUCUCACGCGCUCUCUCGCGCACUCUCUCACACGCUCUCUCGUGCACUCUCUCAUGCGCUCUCUCGCUCGCACUCUCACUCGCCCUCUCACGCGCUCUCUCACGCGCACUCUCACGCGCACUCUCAUGUGCUCUUUCACAUGCUCUCUCACGCAAUCUCUCAUGCGCUCUCUCACAAGCUCUCUCAUGCAAUCUCUCAUGCGCUCUCUCACGGGCUCUCACGCAUUCCGUCGCACUCCCUCUUGCUCACUCUCUUGCGCAUUCUCUCUCUCACGCGCUCUCUCAUGCACACUCUCUCGCACACUCUCACGCGCUCUUUGAUGCAAUCUCUCACGCGCUCCUUCACGGCUCUCUCAAGCACUCUCUCACGCAUUCUCUCACGCGCUCUCUGACACGCGCUCCCUCACGUGCACUCUCACGCACUCUCUCAUGCACUCUCUCGCGCGCUCUCUCACGCGCUCUCUCACGGGCUCUCACACACUCCCUCACGUGCUCUCUCUCGCGCAGUCUCUUGCGCAUUCCCUCUGUCACGCGCUCUUUCUCGCGCACUCCCACGCGCACUCCCACGCGCUCUCUCAUGCGCUCUCUGACGUGCUCUCUCUCGUGCACUCUCACGCGCACUCGCUUCUCUCACACGCUCCCUCACACGCUCUCUCACGUGCACUCUCACGCGCUCUCUCACGCGCUCACGAUCUCUCACUCGUGA